AAGUGUCGAUUGCAGGUUUCAUGUUCUGACUCUGAAGAAGAGCAGGCAACCGUAGUCUUUAUAUUGAGUGCGACGAGGGGGAAAACCCGACUAAGGGGUGGGGGGCUUCAUGUGGACAAGUGGUUCUGCAGAUUCAAGCAGGGCUAAGACUCAUAGGGCUGAUGCGCCUCCGAAAAAUAAGAACGGUAUUGCAAAUACCGAGUAAGUCUCCCUGGGCUGACCCACACUUGUGGAGGCGCCGGAAAUUCCAUCUCCCGACACACCGCAAUGCACACGAAGAUGUGGCUUGGGCUUGUUUGCAUUUGGUUUCUCACUUGGGGUGUGUUGAAAAGCGUGGUGACCCGCUCGGUAACUAUGCGGUGCCAGGCAAUAUGCUAUCAGACGCUGAUUUGACAUGGACAUCUUUGCAGCCUCGAGGAUGUAGAAUACUGAGUUUAAUGCUUGAUCACUGCCCGGCUCCUGAACACAGCUGCCGAGGCACUUUCCAUCCGUGCUUAAUCGAUACACAGAUACAAAGAAUGGGACUCGGCUCGUGUUGCUGUUGUUCCCGAGUGUAUUUAUUUAACCAAGAUGAAGGGGCUGGCGCCGUCUCUCUGGUGGUCAUGAUCAAGGUCCAACCGGCAGCUAAGGCUCUCGAAAGAAACUCCAGCUUGCAGUUCUUUCAACAUCCCGAUGCCUGCUAUAACAAACCUUUAAGCUGGCCAGCUCGUUCAGUGGUUGAUCAGUCUCAAGUGGCAGCCUUACACUUCUACAGGACACUGUGGUCUGAUUCAGCUCAUACCGAAAUCGAGUUCGCCAACGGUACCAUCCUCUAGAGAAAGAUCAUGUCAUCCAUCGGCAGCAAAAGUUGAUAUCGCCUGAGUCGAGCUGUAUUAGAAAGUCAAUGCUUUCCGUACGAAGCCCGACCCAUAUUCCUUCGGCAUCGGACGAUUACCCCAGGCCCAGUCGCGCGCUUCGUCUUCAUCGUCGCCGCCGCCGCCGACGAGGCCAACAGAACCACAUUCAUUCUGGACCUGAGCAUCAUUCAAGGAGGCUUUGCUUCGAUUUGUUAUGA